GGGCCUCCAUCUCCGCCGCGGGGCUUCGGGCGCCCCCGCGCCCCCGCGGCCAUGGACAGCCCCGAGGUGACCUUCACGCUGGCCUACCUGGUGCUGGCCGUGUGCUUCGUGUUCUCGCCGCCCGAGUUCCGCUCGGCCGGGCUGACGGUGCAGAACCUGCUGUCGGGCUGGCUGGGCAGCGAGGACGCCGCCUUCGUGCCGCACCACCUGCGCCGCACGGCCGCCACGCUGCUGCUGCACUCGGCGCUGCCGCUCGGCUACUAUGUGGGCAUGUGCUUCGCCGCAUCAGAGAAGCAGCUCUAUGUCCCUGGCCAGGCCCCGGAAGCGUGGCAGCUUUUCCUCCUGCUGGCUGUGGCCCUGCCUGCAGCUGCCUGUGCCCUGAUCCUCUACUGGGCCCAGGGUGGCUGGGCGAGGCACCCGCUGGCUCGCACGCUGGCUUUGUACGCUCUGCCGCAGUCUGACUGGCGGGCUGUGGCCAGCUCCAUCAAUACCGAGUUCCGGCGGAUCGAUAAGUUUGCCACGGGUGCUCCAGGGGCUCGAGUGAUCGUGACAGACACGUGGGUGAUGAAAGUGACCACGUACCGGGUACACGUGGCCCAGCAGCAGGAUGUGCACCUGACCGUGACUCAGUCGCAGCAACAUGAGCUGUCACCCGACUCGCAGCUGCCCGUGCAGCUGCUGACCAUCCGAGUGGCUGGACUCGACUCCGCCGUGCAGGCCUUCGACAUCCGGCUGAACGCCGCCGAGUACGGGGAGCUGUGUGAGAAGCUACGGGCGCCCAUCCGCAGUGCGGCCAACGUGGUCAUCCGCCAGAGCCUAGGCGACCUGUUCCUGGAGACGUUUGCCUCCCUGGUGGAGGUGAAUCCGGCCUACACUGUUCCCAGCUGCCAGGAGCUGGAGGCCUGUAUCGGUUGCAUGCAGACGCGUGCGGCUGUGAAGCUGGUGAAGACUUGCCAGGAGGUGGCCGAGGGCGAGUGCCAGCAGUGCUACUGCCGCCCCAUGUGGUGCCUCACCUGCAUGGGCAAGUGGUUUGCCAGCCGCCAGGACCCGCAGCGCCCCGACACCUGGCUGGCCAGCCGAGUGCCCUGCCCCACCUGCCGAGCCCACUUCUGCAUCCUGGACGUGUGUGCCGUGCGCUGAGCUGGCCUGCGCCGCCCUGGGCCCCUGGCGGAGGGGACUGCUGUUGAAGAUGGUGGCCGCGGUGGGGACCUGCCAGGCUGGGCAUUCGAGCUGGUCCCCUUGCGCCUCCACUGCUGCCCGGAGCGAGGCACUUGCCUUCAUCUCACGGAGCUCGCCGAUGGCGCGCCCGUCCUGGCGCCAUCGCGGGCCGCAGGGUGUGCCGUGGGCUUGCUCUGCCCCCCGGGGACACUGCGGCUGCGGGAGGGCUGGCCGCCGGCCGCGCGCUCGGG